UACAACACAGACCUAUUUUUUCAACAUGUUCAAAUUGGUGGUGUUGUUUGCCGUUGUCGCCGCAGUUUCUGCUAAGCCCACCUAUUUGGCUCCUGCAGUAUACAGUACAGCUGUUGUAGGGUCAGUACCAACUACAAUUAGCGAACAAAGCAGCUCUAUUGUACAUAGUCACGCGUUAGUGAGCCCUGUUGUGCAUGCUGCUCCCGUUGUGUCCGCAUACCAUACUGCUCCAGUUGUGACCUCAUACCAUGCUGCUCCAGUUGUAUCCGCCUACCAUGCUGCUCCUGCUUUAGUUGGAUAUUCUGGAUAUGGCCACUCAGCUUAUGUCAUCUAGACUGAUAACAGCUUUCAAUAUAAGUAAAUUUUUUUGGUAUAUUUUCAAAAUUGUCUCUAAAUAAAAAAGAAAAGUAUAAAAGUUGUUUUUUUAUUAAUGUUCACAUUUAUUUUUAUUUGCUUG